CAGCUGCGAGCCGGGCGGAUGCUGGCAGGCGCCGCGACCCCGCGCGUGCCCACGCUGCCGCCGGAGCGACCUGACGGCCGGCCAUGCAGGAGCCCCUGCUGGGCGCCGAGGGCCUGGACUAUGACACCUUCCCCGUGCAGCCGCCCGCCUCGCCGGGAGAGACGCCGAGAGGCGGGGUCCUACAGAACAGAAGGGUGAUUCUGGCCACGUUUGCAGCCGUGCUGGGCAACUUCAGCUUUGGCUAUGCCCUGGUCUUCACAUCCCCGGUCAUCCCAGCCCUGGAGCGGUCCUCUGACCCUGCGCUGCACCUGACCAAGAACCAGGCAUCCUGGUUUGGGGUACCGCCCCCAGCUGCCCCUGUGGAGGGGGCGGGAGCACCUGGCAUCCUGGGGAGAGAGGUCUCAGUUGGAGCGACUGGGCCCACGGACUUGCAUCCACUGUUAAGUCUUGAUGGUCAAGUUCAUUGUCACCACAGACAACAUAGCAGAGAAGAGAAAGUUGCCCAGGGGGUCAGGGAUCAGCCAAGACCCCUGAGAACUCAUGGAUCUCCUGGGCAGGGCGUGGCCCGGGGGACCAUGGCCAUGCCCAUCACACAGCCUGAGGCUGAGCCUGGGACCCGAGUGGGCAGAGUCAGAGACCCCUGGAGCCCCCAAAUCUUAGCUGCCCACAGUAUGAAAAACCCAUGGCUGCACAGAAUCCCUGGGGGCAUGUGGCCACGCCCAGCCGCAGCACAGGGCUCUCUAUGGGUGUCCCUAGCAGGUGGCCGUCCACAUGUUGCUUGCACAGCUCGGGGGUGGGCAGCUCACUGCCACUCUUGGCCUGAGUCCCCCAUCCCUGGGGUGGAAAUUGUCUCUGACGGCAGUGGGGAACUUGGGGGCGCUGUUCAGGCCGACAGGGCCUCCAUGCUGCUCCCUCCUCCACAGUCCAUCUUUACCUUGGGAGCGGCGGCCGGGGGCCUCAGCGCCAUGGCCCUCAACGACCUCCUGGGCCGGAAGCUGAGCAUCAUGUUCUCGGCCGUGCCCUCCGCAGCCGGCUACGCGUUCAUGGCGGGCGCGCACGGCCUCUGGAUGCUGCUGCUGGGGAGGAUGCUGACCGGCUUCGCUGGCGGGCUCACCGCGGCCUGUAUCCCGGUGUAUGUGUCCGAGAUCGCCCCACCCAGCGUCCGCGGGGCCCUGGGGGCCACACCGCAGCUCAUGGCCGUGUUUGGAUCCCUGUCGCUCUAUGCACUUGGCCUCCUGCUGCCCUGGCGCUGGCUGGCCGUGGCCGGGGAGGGGCCAGUGCUGGUCAUGAUCCUGCUGCUCAGCUUCAUGCCCAACUCGCCACGCUUCCUGCUGUCGCGGGGUCGGGAUGACGAGGCGCUGCGGGCGCUGGCCUGGCUGCGGGGGGCCGCGGCUGACGUGCGCGCCGAGUUCCAGCAGAUCCAAGACAACGUGCGCAAACAGAGCAGCCGAGUGUCGUGGGCUGAGGUCCGGGACCCCCGCGUGUGCCGCCCCAUCCUGAUCGCGCUGCUCAUGCGCUUCCUGCAGCAGUUGACCGGCAUCACGCCCAUCCUCGUCUACCUGCAGUCCAUCUUCAGCAGCACAGCCGUCCUGCUGCCCCCUGAGGACGACGCCGCCAUCGUGGGUGCCGUGAGGCUCUUGUCUGUCCUCAUCGCCGCCCUCACCAUGGACCUGGCCGGCCGCAAAGUGCUACUGUUCGUGUCUGCCACCAUCAUGUUUGCUGCCAAUCUGACGCUGGGGCUCUAUGUGCAGCUUGGCCCCAGGUCGCAGAGUGCCAACGGAACGGUGGGCCUUGAGGGCAUGUUUCUGGAGGCCACGGAGCAGCCCCCAGCCACGCCCCCCAGCUACCUCACCCUCGUGCCCCUGCUGGCCACCAUGGUCUUCAUCAUGGGCUAUGCCAUGGGCUGGGGGCCCAUCACCUGGCUGCUCAUGUCCGAGAUCCUGCCCCUGCGUGCCCGCGGCGUGGCCUCGGGGCUCUGCGUGCUGGUCAGCUGGCUCACCGCCUUCGUGCUCACCAAGUCCUUCCUGCCGCUGGUGAACACCUUUGGCCUUCAGACGCCCUUCUUCUUCUUUGCCGCCGUGUGCCUGCUGAGCCUGGUGUUCACGGGCUGCUGCGUGCCCGAGACCAAGGGCCGUUCGCUCGAACAGAUCGAGGCCUUCUUCCACACGGGCCGGAGCUCCUUCCUGCACUAGGCUGGGGACCCGCCGGGCACCGCCAUCCCUGCCACUCUGCUGGCCCCGGCGGGCACGUGGGCCAUGGCAGAGCACCCCAGGGACCAUGCCCCGCCAGGCUGAGAACGGGCCACUGCCCGCGGAGGACGUGGUGAGGCUGUAGAGAAGAGGGCUGUGGGUGGCCCGCGGGCAGGGUGCUGGCGCUGUGUUGUGAUGGCCUGGCACCAUGAAGAGCCCCGGCUGUGGGUCUGGAUCCACCGGGGCCCUGCAGGCUCUGCCGGAGACAGUCCCAACCUGCAGAGGCCAAGGGCGGGACCCACAGGCAGCCAUGGCCUCCUCCUCAGCCCUGCCUUGGGGUGCAGGCGCUCCCCUCCAUGCACAGCACUCUUCUUAUUUAUAUUAAUAAAGGACGUGGGCCUGCGGCUCGAGA